AUGGCGACGGAUCCUGUGAUCGUCCGCAGCACAACAGCUAGUGGCUCGGCCGUUUACGAGUCGGAGCGUGCGGUACACGAAUACCUGCAGUUUCAUUAUGGUGAGCCGUCCGCUGUGGUUCCCUACAGCUUUGCACCAAGAGACGCACUGGAGUUUCUACCACGCACGGUGGAACAUUGUGUGAAACUGGCAUCUUUAAGUCAACGUGGUCGUGCGCUCGAUAUUGGCUGUGCAGUGGGUCGAGCCACGUUUGAACUCAGCAAGCACUACAAUGAGGUUGUCGGUAUCGAUUUUUCGAAGCAUUUUGUGGAUGCAGCUAAUCAGAUGAAGGAACGUGGUGAGAUGGAGUACGAGGCGCAUGUUCAGGGAGAUAUCCACGAACGCCGCUUUGCGAGACUACCUGAGUGUGCCAAGCCAGCUGUUGUUGUUUUUCAGCAAGGAGAUGCAUGUCAUUUAUCUCGAUCAUUAGGCAAGUUUGACGCGGUGUUUGCCACCAAUUUGCUGUGCCGGUUGCCAAAUCCAGAGAAGUUCCUGAACGAUAUUGGUGGAUUUGUUCACUCUGGUGGCGUCCUUGCUCUCGUGAGUCCGUACUCGUGGCUGGAGGAGUACACGGUGAAGGACAAAUGGAUUGGCGGCGUACGCGACGGCGAGGGAAAGCCCGUGGACAGUUUCAGCAUGAUUAAAAAGCUGCUAUCGAAGGACUUUGAGCUGAUAGAGCGUCAGGACUACCCAUUUAUGAUUCGAGAACACGAGCGCAAGUAUCAAUGGGGUGUAUCCGACGGUACUUUUUGGAAACGCAAGUAA